AUGCAUCCUCCCACUCCUGUCACGAAACGCUUCGACUCCAUCGCAUCCACCAUCGAAGCCUUCCGCAACGGCGAAUUCAUCGUGGUUCUCGACUCGCAGGACCGCGAGAAUGAAGGCGACCUGAUCAUCGCGGCCGAGGACGUGACCACCGAGCAAAUGGCCUUCAUGGUCCGCCACACCAGCGGUUACGUCUGCGCUCCUCUCACGGCGCAGCGGGCCGUCGACCUGGCGCUGCCGCCAAUGGUCGUGAACAACGAAGAUCCCAAAGGCACGGCCUACACCGUCUCGGUCGACGCGCACGACGGUACCCUCACCACAGGCAUUUCGGCCCACGACCGCGCCCUCACGUGCAGGACCCUGGCAAGCGCCAAGGCCACUGCCGCCAGCCUGAGACGGCCGGGCCAUGUCCUCCCGCUGAUAGCGAGGGAUGGAGGUGUCGUGGAGCGUCCUGGACACACGGAGGCCGCGGUGGAAUUCUGUCGCUUGGCAGGCAAAGCCCAGGUCGGGGUCAUCUGCGAGAUGGUCGACGAUGGAGAACCUAUUGCCGGACAGGCCGCCAUGAAGGAGCCCGGCAUGAUGAGGAGAGAUGCCUGUCUUGAGUUUGGCCAGAAGUGGGGGCUGAAGGUUUGUACGAUUGAGGAUUUGGUCGAAUAUGUGCAGAAAGAACAAGAACAACAACAACAGGUCCCGGCUGGCGGAAUUGCAGCCAAUGGACAUCAUUGA